GUGUGUGUGUGUGUGAGUGUGUGUGUGAGAGAGUGUGUGUGUGUGUAUAUAAGUAAGAGAGAGGAAAAACAUUCGUCAUGAUCAAUCUUUUAUUCAUUCAGUAAGAAAGUGUCCAUUGAAGCAGCAGCUGAGAUCUUUUGUGACCGAAGGAGAUAAAAAAGAGACAAAGUGACUCUCAUCAGUCCAUCAGUCAACAACUAGAGACAGAUUUCUUCCUUUAACUUCAUGAUGGUUCAGAUUAGGAAAAUCUGCUGCAUAGGCGCUGGUUAUGUUGGGGGCCCAACGUGCAGCGUCAUCGCCAGCAUGUGUCCAGAGAUCACAGUGACGGUGGUCGACGUGAACGAGUCCAGAAUCAAAGCCUGGAACUCGGACACGCUUCCCAUCUAUGAGCCGGGCCUGAACGAGGUCGUGCUGUCAUGUCGAGGCCAGAACCUUUUUUUCUCCACUGACAUCGACUCGGCCAUCAAGGAAGCAGACCUGGUCUUCAUUUCAGUAAACACUCCCACUAAGACGUACGGGAUGGGAAAAGGCCGAGCGGCUGACCUGAAGUUCAUCGAGGCGUGUGCACGCCGGAUAGUGGAGGUCUCAGACGGUUAUAAGAUCGUGACGGAGAAAAGCACGGUGCCGGUGCGAGCUGCUGAGAGCAUACGCAGGAUCUUUGAAGCCAACACCAAACCUAGCCUUAACCUACAGGUGCUUUCCAACCCAGAGUUUCUUGCUGAAGGGACCGCGGUGAAGGACCUUAAGGAGCCGGACCGUGUGCUGAUUGGUGGAGAUGAAACUCCUGAAGGUCAGAAGGCCAUCAGGGCUCUGUGUGAGGUGUAUGAGCACUGGGUGCCCAAGUCCCGCAUCAUCACCACCAACACAUGGUCAUCAGAGCUGUCUAAACUAGCAGCGAACGCAUUUCUGGCUCAGCGUAUCAGCAGCAUAAACUCCAUCUCGGCUCUGUGUGAGUCCACCGGUGCUGAUGUGGAGGAGGUAGCCAGAGCCAUCGGCAUGGACCAGCGUAUCGGCAGCAAGUUCCUUAAGGCCAGCGUGGGCUUUGGAGGAAGCUGUUUCCAGAAGGAUGUGCUGAAUUUAGUGUAUCUGUGUGAGGCACUGAAUCUACCUGAAGUGGCGUCGUACUGGCAGCAGGUGAUCGAUAUGAACGAGUACCAGAGGAAGAGGUUUGCAUGCAGGAUCAUCGACUGUCUCUUUAACACUGUAACAGGGAAGAAAAUUGCCUUGCUAGGCUUCUCUUUCAAGAAAGACACUGGGGACACCAGAGAGUCUUCCAGUAUUUAUAUUUCUAAAUAUCUGAUGGAUGAAGGAGCCGAGCUACACAUUUUUGACCCUAAAGUGCCAAAAGAACAGAUCAUACAGGACCUGUCCCAGCCCAGCAUCUCAGGAGACAAUCCUAAGAGAGUAUCCGAGCUGGUCACUGUGACCUCAGAUCCUUAUGAAGCCUGUAAAAGUGCUCAUGCACUAGUGAUCUGCACUGAAUGGGACAUGUUUAAGGAUCUAGAUUAUGAACAGAUUUAUCAUCAGAUGUUGAAGCCGGCGUUCAUUUUCGACGGCCGCCGAGUUCUCGAUCAUUUACACCUUCAACUACAGAACCUCGGUUUCCAGAUCGAGACAAUUGGAAAGAAGGUGAUGACCAGGCUUCCUUUCACACCCACAGGGAUCACCCUCAAUGAGCCGCCAAUGAAGAAACCCAAAGUCUGAGACCACACACAUACACACACACGAGUGUAUACGGCACUGUGUCUACAUGGAUAUCUGUAAAGAAUUAUUCAGAUUUAAAAAAAAAAAAAAAAAAACAUUAGAAAUGCCUUUGACUUUCAGAAGUUAGUCACUUGGUGUUGCACGAGUAUUUUCCUGACCGUGUAAUUCCAGUGAAAACGUUUCCGAGAGUUUCAGCAGAGCCCUGAUUCAGUUUUUCUACACGUUGUGUCUGAAAUAUGAUGGAAGUCUGCACUUAAUCGUUAUGUAAUCGUGUCAUGUGAUAUACACGUGUGUUAGUUUACUGUGAACUUUUUAAUAAUUGAAUCAUUUCAUAUUGUACAGGUUAGUAACGUUUAAAAAAAAAAGGCGACAACUUCUUAAAUACACAUGGACCAAUUUGAAUCGUAUCUUAUUUUCACAAAAUAAAAUGAACAAACGCUUCAAAAUCA